AUGGUUGAGAGAGACAUCCUAGCUGCAUUGACACCCCUCCGGGUAUCUAUUGACACUCUCACGGCAAGAGUAGAGACUUAUAAGAGUCUACAAGGGGCUACUUCAGAGGUUACGUCUUUGAGAGCCGAGGUUGCAAAUUUGAGAAAGGAUGUGGACUAUCUGAAGUCCACAGACUUCACUUCCCUCUUUGAGUUAACUGAGGAUCGGAAUGCUCUGACCAUUUCUAAGAUGCCUCCAGCCACCACCAGAGAUGUACCUAUCGACAAUAUUGCUACUGAUGAGUCAGAGGCGGAGACCGAUGAGGAGCAUCUUGGGGAGCGAGAUCCCGUCAUAUAG